AUGCCACUAAAGCGUACGCCACCGCCUUCGGCGACCACUGUCGAAGCGGGAACUAAAUGUGCUAUUAUUGAUUCACAAUCUACAAGCGCCCUGACAAGCAGGGAGGAGGAAUGCACCGACGACUCACUAAGGAUUCAACAUUACGAUUCUGCACCAGAUCUUCAUUCAAUGAUGGAAAAUAUAUCCGAGAGGAAAAAAAGAAAGUUUGAAAGUUCGAAUUCGGAUAUUACGGAUGUUAUUAAGCAAAUGUUUACAACUUUUACACAGGAUCAGGCCGUACGAUUCAAACAGCUACAGAAAACUAUAGACAGUUUGAAGGAUCAAAAUAGGGAACUGAAGCGUAGUGUUGAGCAUAUGUCGGAUCAAUAUGAUGAAUUUCUAAAUAAAAUUACUAAACUUGAAGCGGAGAGACGAGAAGACAAAAAAAUGAUUUAUCAUCUUCAGGAAAAGAUUGAGUAUUUGGAGCGAAAAACCAAGUCCACAAUGUUGGAAAUCCGUAAUAUACCUAAAAUAUCAGGUGAAAAUAAAAAAUAUUUAAGUAAUUUAAUUUCAACCAUAGGAAAAACAAUUAAUGUUGAGAUUGAUCAGAAUCUUAUAAAGGAUAUUUACAGAGGAAAAUCAAAAGAUUCAUCAAAUUUGAUAAUUGCUGAAUUUACUACAGUUAUCGUAAGAGAUAAUAUUUUACAAAAUGUAAAAAAAUUCAAUAAAACAAAAAUCCAUGGUGAUAAAUUAAACACGGGACACUUAAACUUAAAAUUUCCUGCACAACCUAUUUAUAUAUCGGAAGCGCUCACAUCUAAGACUCAAAAGCUCUUCUACCAAGCUAGACUGACUCAGAAGCAGCUUAAAUAUGACUUUUGCUGGACGUCUCAUGGUGUGGUGUAUCUGAGAAAACACGAAAAUUCACCGCAUAUCAAAAUAAUCUCUGAAACCGACAUUGAAAACUUGAAGAAAUCACAAUGA